CCGGUUGCGACGCGUGUAGAUGGUUGAGAUUCAGCCGGUUCCACUCCCGCCAUCCACUACCCACAAAGCACCUUCCCGAUGGGCUCGGUCUAAGAACCUUUGAUCAGCUGCCAGUCAUCGCUAACGGAUGGUUCUGCGCAGGAGGUUGAAAAAAAUCUCACUAAUUUGAAGCACUCUCUUGGCCUGCACCGUCACCUGUCAAAAUGGUACAAUACGCCAACUUCCUCUUUCCACUCUAUGUGUAUCCAAUCGACAAUGCUUGGGAGCCGUUGACCUCUGCGGCUGCGCAGUAUCCCGAUGGCGAAUGGUUGCCCGAACAAAGAUUAUGUCGAGGGCAUUGCUUCCCUCAACAAAUUCGCCAAUAUUGAUACGAUGGGUUAUGUGCACACCGCCAACAGGUGGGACUGCGGCUCGUCGGGGAAAGAUAUCUGCUUUUGCACGGCACCAGUCGAUGACGUGAAAGCAAACAUCACUACUUAUGCAAGCUGGGGGACCAAAGGGUGUGAAGGCUGGAGCACACCAAACCCUGAUAUCCACAUCGACAGCAUCUUCAUCGACGAGGCACCUGGCCAGGAUGGUGGCAGCUGCCUCAGCUACAUGGCUGACCUCACGAGCCACUCAAAGUCCUCUUUGACGACUGCUUCGGGUGGCGAGGUUCUUUUCAACGCUGGUGCAGCGACUGAGCUGUCAUACUUCGAUGUCGCCGAUGUCAUUAUCCUUCUCGAGGACACCCAAGCUGCAUAUGAGGCUAUACCCGACAUUGGCGUGCGCAAUGGAAACGGGAAGUACUACAAGAAGUCUUCAAUCAUCAUUCACUCGGCUAGCAACGCCACAGACAAGAUUCAGAGGGACACAAGUACUAUACUGGGACUUGAUCGCGAUGCGUUCCACAGCCUGUUUUACACUGAUCGAUCGACUGAUCAGUAUGCAAACUUUCCCUACGAUUGGGCUGAGAUCAUCAAGGAGGUCAAUGCAGUUGCGCAGGCGAAUAAGGCUAUCCUAGGAGCUUGAUAAAAUGCAGGCCUCAGGAUGUACCAUGUUCAUGUGACUGAUACGAGCGGGAAGGGUAGACUAGCAACA